GAACAACCCUUCCAAAACAAUCUUAUCAUUUCAGCCAAUAUGACGAGUCUCAAACGAUCUAUGGGAUCGGAUCCCUACUCCUCCAAUAUAUCGAGCAAAGUCUAUGUACGAUCCACCAAAAGUGGCAAAGUUCAGAAGAUUGUCCGUGAAUUAUAUCUUCGACAAGAUAUUCCCUGCUCAUCCAAACUUUGCGACAGCUGCCUCAAGACUGCGCCACCAGAUGCGAGUGGUGUUGUACCACCCUUCGUUCUUUCGGACACCCCUGCGGGAACAGCAGCAUACCCUCAAGGACAUUACCUGGUACCCGAUACCAAUGCGUUAUUGAACGCCCUCGAUCUUUUCGAACAGGCAUCGGCCUUCUACGAUGUCAUCAUCUUACAGACUGUGCUUGAGGAACUACGAAAUAGAUCAUUGCCGCUAUACAAUCGGUUGAUCGGGCUUACGAAGAGCGAGGACAAACGAUUUCAUGUUUUCUUCAAUGAUUUUCGUCUGGAGACUUAUGUGGUUCGGGAGACUGGAGAAAGCAUAAAUGAUAGAAAUGAUAGAGCGGUUCGACGCGCGGUCAAGUGGUACGAUGAACAUAUUACACAAGCAGUAAAAGCUUCGGGAGGACGUUCGAAAAAGAUACCCGCCGUUGUAAUGCUUAGUGAUGAUAAGGAGAAUCUCAGAAAAGCAAAGCGUGAUGGCAUUCAAGCAUGCUCCCUCCGGGAAUAUGUUAGUGGGUUGGAGGAUGCAGAUCGACUACUGGAUAUGAUCAGUGCAGCACAAGAAGACAAAGAAGCCCGAGAUGCUAGAACUUCGGGAAACCUAUACCAGGAAUAUUAUUCAGUGUCGAAAAUGAUGACUGGUGUCAAGAACGGCACGUUACAUCAGGGUAUUUUUAAUGUUUCACCAUACAACUAUUUGGAGGGGUCUGUAAAUGUCCCCGCUUUCGACAAAUCAUUACUUGUUCUUGGCAGAGAGAAUAUAAAUAGAUCUGUUCAGGGUGACGUUGUUGUUAUCGAAGUAUUACCGAAAGACCAAUGGAAAGAGCCUUCCACAAAAAUCAUCGAGGAAGAAACCUUGAACAAGGAUGAAAAUGCCGAUGCUGAUGAGGGAGAAGCUGUCGUUACCGAGAAGGAAAGACGUGCGCUGCAAGAAGAAGUAAAGAAGACCCACAGCAAGGGUACGGAGAAUCGUCCUCAGCCAACUGCUAGAGUAGUUGGUGUCGUAAAGCGUAAUUGGAGACAAUAUGUCGGUCAUGUGGACGAAUCAUCUGUUAGUCAGUCGGUGAAGCAGGGUCGCAAGCAACAAACCGUUUUUCUCAUUCCCAUGGACAAGAGGAUACCAAAAAUUCGUGUAAGAACGCGACAAGCGGGUGAGAUAUUAGGAAAGCGGGUUUUAGUCACCAUCGACUCGUGGGAUAGAGAUUCUAGAUAUCCGGUUGGUCAUUUUGUUCGUUCGCUCGGCGAACUAGAAACAAAAGGUGCCGAGACAGAGGCUUUACUUUUGGAAUACGACGUACAAUACAGACCAUUCCCGAAAACAGUCUUAGACUGCUUACCUGCAGAAGGGCAUGAUUGGAUUGUACCUCCAAGUGUGGAUGAUCCUGGAUGGAAAAACAGACGCGACCUUCGAGGUCUUAACAUUUGCAGUAUUGAUCCAAUAGGCUGUCAAGAUAUUGAUGACGCAUUGCAUGCGAGACCUUUGCCCAAUGGCAAUUACGAAGUGGGUGUGCAUAUUGCAGAUGUCUCACAUUUCGUCAAGCCAAAUAAUGCAAUGGAUGCAGAAGCGAGUAUACGAGGCACGACCGUUUAUCUAGUAGAUAAGCGAAUUGACAUGUUACCGAUGUUACUUGGGACGGAUUUGUGUUCUCUUAAGCCAUAUGUCGAGAGAUAUGCAUUUUCUUGUUUAUGGGAAAUCACACCGGAUGCCGAGAUUGUUAAUUCAGAGUACACCAAAUCUGUCAUUAAAUCGCGAGAAGCAUUUAGUUACGAAGACGCUCAAAAGCGUGUUGAUGAUGCGUCGGCUCAAGAUGAACUUACUACCAACAUUCGUACUCUCCUGAUGUUGUCUAAGAAAUUCAAGCAAAAGCGUAUGGAUGCUGGAGCUUUGAGUCUCUCGUCACCAGAAGUUAAAGUGGAGAUGGAAUCUGAGACUUCUGACCCAAUAGAUAUCAAACAGAAAAAGCACCUUGACACUAUGUCAUUGGUUGAAGAAUUUAUGCUUCUCGCAAACACUAGUGUAGCAGCAAAGAUUUAUUCAGCGUUCCCUCAAACAGCCAUGCUUCGUCGUCACGCCGCUCCUCCCAAGACAAACUUCGAAGAACUUGCCAAUCAACUCAAGGUCAAGCGUGGUCUUGAACUUAAGGUUGGCUCAUCGAGAGAACUUGCCGACACCCUUGAUGGAUGCGUUGACCCCGCCGAACCUUUCUUCAAUACCCUUGUUCGUAUUAUGGCAACUCGUUGCAUGAUGUCUGCAGAAUAUUUCUGUUCUGGUACACAAGCAUACCCCGAGUUCCGCCAUUACGGUCUUGCAUCUGAGAUCUAUACUCACUUUACAUCUCCCAUUCGUCGUUAUGCAGAUCUUGUCGCGCAUCGUCAACUGGCUGCGGCAAUCGAUUAUGAGCCUCUUGCUGCGAGUGUCCGCAGUAAGGGAAAACUAGAAGGUGUUUGCAAGAACAUCAAUGUUCGUCAUCGCAAUGCUCAACAAGCUGGUCGUGCCUCCAUCGAAUACUAUGUUGGUCAAGCACUCAAAGGUCGUAUCGUCGAAGAAGAAGGUUUUGUCAUGAAGGUUUUUAGCAAUGGCUUUGUAGUCUUUGUACCCAGAUUUGGUAUCGAAUCACUUAUUCGUUUGAGAGAUUUGGCGGAACCAGAACCAGAGGGUGAUUUUGAUGCAGAGAAUUAUGUUUUACAAACGAAGGGAAGUAGAGAGGUUAGAAUUGAAUUGUUUGGAAAGGUGAUGGUGAGGAUUAGUGAUGUCAAGGAGGAGAGUACCGGCAAGAGAAAAAUCAAGGCGGAGUUGGUGGAAGUGAUUGAAGGCAAGAAAUAAAUUUGUAAAUAAAUGAAGAGAUUGUGAGGGUAAUUGAAUGAAGGGUGAAUCGAAAUGAAUUGGGGGGACUGGUAUAUUAGGGUUAGAUACGUACGUGUAUGAUUGAGUAGAGAUAUCA